AGUCAAACUGUGUACUUGUUAUUUGACCGGAUGUAGGAUUUAAUUCGAGAAUGCAUUUAUGCGAGUUUCAGAUGGACGUACAUUUUAAGGAUUCAUACUGUAGGACAGAGUAAUGACAAACGUGCAAAAGAAAUCUGGUUUUGUAGUUUUUUGUUUUUUUUACAAAAGGAAACACGUUAUUGACCGUGUAUUGUUGAAGGCAUGUUAUACUCGAUUGAAUUAAUGUAAUGUUUGACAAAAAUGUGUAUAAUCUUUGGGCUAAGGAUUUAAAAAAUGUGCGAUAAUGAUGAUGGUGAUGAUGAACAGGAGCAGUGAUAGAACCGAUCUGUGUUUUUUUCCUUCUAGUUUCAAAAACAAUAAAGGUGGCGUAAGGUGAGAUUGCAUGAGAGAAAAGAAGACAAAAUCUGCACAUUUAUCUCAAGAAGCGAGGAGUGGUAUUUUAAUCUAUUCAUUUUUAUUCUCUUACAAUCGCACGAAACUCUUGGUGAAUUUAAGCCGGCACAGUUAUAGUCUGCUGACAGCUAUUUAAAUGGAGUGUAUGACAGCAGCUAUUCGUUCUUAAUAUUUACCAUUUACAUUUAAUUUAUUUACUCAUAAGAAAGCGGAAAUGUUUAUAAUAGGGAUAUUUAAUUAAAAUGUCAAAUAGCUUAAAAUAACCAGAGAAAAAAUCGUUUUUGGCAUUGUCAGUAUAUUACUCUUACAGCAUUUUUGGCCAAGUACCAUAUGAUAUUUAUUCAAACACUGUUUUUAAAUAAAAUUGUACAAAGGGAAAGGCGUACAAUAAGCUGCAAUCAUGUGUAGCCAGGAAUCGCUUCUCGGAUCAAAUCGGAAUCAAAGUCGAUCUUACGGCAGCUUAGUUCGCUCUCCGGUGAGGGAGAAGAGGCUGGAGCACUGUGUUCGUCCAGAGGACACUCUGCAAGGACUAGCGCUACAGUAUGGGGUAACGAUGGAGCAAAUAAAGAGAGCCAAUCGCCUUUAUACCAAUGAAUCAAUAUUUCUAAAGAAAACUCUAAUUAUCCCCAUCAUGGCCAAAUCAGAUGAUCGUCUGAAUGGUUUAGAAGCAUCUGAUGAGACAGAAGAGGGAAGCAACCAGGCAGAAUGCACAACAGAGGCAAGUGAAAUGAAGGGUCACACUGACAAGGAUAAAGCAAAUGGGUCAAACAGUUCAAAGCCUGAGGGAGCCCAAUGGCAAGGUGAUCUGUCUGCAAAAGAUUUUUUGAAGAAACUGGACAGCAAGAUCAGUCAAUCAAAGGAGGCAGCUGUAAAGAAGAUCCAGGAAGUUGAGAAACGAAUACAGGAAGAAGAACAAGCUGACUCUUGUUAUACUUCAGGUUACCAAUGUUCACUAAGCCAUAACCCAUCCCCACGAACACAGCAGCGUUCCCUUCUAGGACCAGUACCACUCACAAAAACAAGACUUACUUCUUCUCUGCGUGACCAUGAGGAUGAGAUCUUCAAACUUUGAUACCACAACAAUGUUUAUUUGAAUAAGACAUUAAAUCCUCUUUUGCUUCCUAGGAUUACUGAAGAUUUCAAUAAAUUGGAUUGUCUAACAAAGGGAAACAUGUAGAUCUUGGUCUUCCGUCUUUUUGAGUAAAAGAGUCAUAUUGGGAAUUCA